AUGGUCUCUAUUGCCCUCAAAUCCUUCAUCGGACUCCGCCAAAUCACGUCCGAAAACAAAUCGAUAGUUCUAUCAAAACCCACCACCCAAACCUACCAUAAAAUCCGUAUAAAUGCCUCAAAAACCAGCCCAAGAGUCAACGGAAGGAACCUCAAAGUUGCGGUGGUGGGAGGUGGCCCGGCUGGUGGUGCCGCCGCGGAGACACUUGCUAAAGGUGGCAUAGAGACGAUUCUGAUCGAACGGAAGCUUGACAACUGCAAGCCAUGUGGUGGUGCUAUCCCACUUUGUAUGGUGGGUGAAUUUGACUUGCCAGUGGAUAUUAUCGACCGGAGAGUCACUAAAAUGAAGAUGAUUUCGCCGUCUAAUGUGGCUGUCGAUAUUGGCCGGACCCUUAAGCCCCAUGAGUACAUAGGAAUGGUUCGCCGUGAAGUCCUAGACGCCUACCUCCGAGACCGUGCCGCAACCGCCGGAGCCACAGUGAUUAACGGCCUGUUCUUGAAAAUGGACCUGCCCAAAUCCACUGGUUCACCCUAUGUAUUGCAUUUCACUGAUUACAACGCCAAAACCGGUGGCGCCGGCGAGAAAAAGACAGUUGAGGUCGACGCCGUCAUCGGUGCCGACGGUGCUAAUUCCCGUGUAGCAAAGAACAUAAACGCCGGUGAAUACGAGUACGCCAUUGCAUUUCAAGAACGCAUCAAAAUCUCAGAUGACAAGAUGCAGUAUUACGAAAAUCUAGCUGAAAUGUACGUAGGCGACGACGUUUCACCUGAUUUCUACGGCUGGGUUUUCCCAAAAUGUGACCAUGUAGCUGUUGGCACAGGCACAGUUACCCACAAAGGCGACAUCAAGAAACUCCAAAUUGCCACACGAUUAAGAGCCAGGGACAAAAUCGAAGGAGGAAAAAUCAUAAGAGUGGAGGCACAUCCUAUACCAGAGCACCCCCGGCCAAGGCGCGUGCUCGAUCGAGUAGCGCUAGUCGGGGAUGCAGCCGGGUAUGUGACGAAAUGCUCUGGCGAGGGGAUAUAUUUUGCGGCCAAGAGUGGAAGAAUGUGUGCAGAGGCAAUAGUUGAAGGAUCAGAAAAUGGGAAAAGAAUGGUGGAUGAGAGUGAUUUGAGGAAGUAUUUGGAGAAAUGGGACAAGACAUAUUGGCCUACGUACAAGGUUUUGGAUGUUCUUCAGAAGGUGUUUUACAGGUCGAAUCCGGCGAGAGAAGCAUUUGUAGAAAUGUGUGCAGAUGAAUAUGUCCAAAAAAUGACAUUUGAUAGCUAUUUGUACAAGAAAGUGGUGCCUGGGAAUCCACUCGAUGACUUGAAAUUGGCUGUGAAUACAAUUGGGAGUUUGGUGAGGGCUAAUGCGCUUAGGAGGGAGAUGGAGAAGCUAAGUGUAUGA